AUGAGGCUGGUGCUCGUGGUCGGAGCGCUGCUGGCCGGCGUGGCGGCGCAGCAGGUGUACCUCCCUCCCAACGUCGACUCCACGGGCAGCGGUGGCGGCGUGCAGUGUGCGCCCGUGCGCACCAUCACCCAGUACAGCACGGGCUACGUCACCGACACGCGCUUCCGCCAGGUGACGCGCCAGGUGCCGCAGUUCGUCACCGAGACGCUGACGCGCACGGCCGAGCAGGUGGUGGUGAGCACGCGCAUCCAGCAGCAGGUGCGCACAGUGGAGACGACGCUGGUGCAGCCGACCACGCUGCUGCGCACGGCCUUCCGCACCAGCGUGCAGGUGGCAUCCGUGAACGUGCCGCAGGUGCAGGUGGUCAGCCGGGUGCAGACGGUGCCCGGGCCGGUGGUGAUCCCCGUGCAGUCGGUGGUGCAGGUGCCGCGCGUGCAAACGGUGCAGGCCACGGCCACGCGCCAGUUCGAGCGCACGCUCUUCCGCACGUUCACGCAGCAGCAGGUGGUACCGCGUGACGUCGUCUCCACGCGCGUCGUCAACUCGCAGGUGGUGCGCACGCAGACCGUGCAGGCGACGCGGCGCCAGGUGGAGUACAACACGCGCCUGGUGACCGUGCAGCAGCCGGCGCAGCCCGUCUACAGCACCGUCUUCCGCACCGACGUGCGCGUCGUCACCGUGCCUGGCCGUGCCGUGCCCGUGGUGCGCACGCAGGUCGUGGACCAGGUGGUGAGCCGGGAGGUGGUGCAGACGCGCGUGGUGCCUCAGGUGGUGCGGAGGACCGUGCGCGUCACGCAAACGAUGAGGGCCAUCGCGCUGCUGCCGUGUCUGCUGGCGGCCGUGCGUCCCUGGCCGCAGGACUACCCCAGCUAUAACACGCAGAGCGCGGCCAACGCGGGCGGCCUCAGCCUGUUCUCACGCGCGAACAGCGGCGCCAGCAACACCCAAGGGUUCGGCUCCGUCUUCUCCACCGGCCAGUCGGGCGCAUCGUACGCUGGAGGCUCCGGGGCGACGGGCUCGGGGGCCCUGUCCGGAACGGCGCUGUCCAGCAGUGGGCUGUCCGGCGGCUCGUACUCGGACCAGGUGGUGACGUUGCCGCGCCUGCAAACCCAAGUACAGGAGGUGGUGAGCACCGUGGACGUGCCGGUGCGUCAGACCCAGUUCGUCACGCGCACCACCGUCGUGCCGGACUUCGUCACGCGCACCGUCGUGCAGACCAACGUCGUCACGCAGACCGUGUUCAACACGCGCACGCAAACGCAGUUCAGCACGCAGGAGGUCGUGUCGACGGUUCGCCUGCCCGACGUCGUCAACACCGUGACGCAGACCCGCUUCCGGACGCAGGUGCAGACGCAGUUCCGCACGCAGACGGUGCUGGUGACGCGCCGCCGGCUGCGCACCGACUUCCGGACGGUGACCUCGACGCAGGUGGUGCAGAGCACGGUGCGGGUGCCGCAGCUGGUGCUCAGCACCAGCGUGGUGCAGGUGCCUGGGCCGGCUCAGACGCGCGUGCGCACCGCCUUCAACAACCGUGAGGUCACCAGCUUCGUGGUGCAGCAGCCGCGCACGAUCGUGCAAACGCAGACCAACGUGCAGACCCAGGUGGUGACGCAGCAGGUGCGCCAGCCGGACCAGUUCGUGACCAUCACCAGCGUGCAGGUGGUGCCCGUCACCUCGCUGGUGGUGCGCACUCAGCUGGUGCCCCAGCUGGUCACCGUCACGCGCACGGUCGCCAACACGGUCACGCGCACCGAAGUCACCACGCGGGUGGUGCGGGUGCCAUCCGUGCGCGUGCGCACCGUCCUCCGCACCAACUUUAACACCCAAGUGGUGACACGUACGCAGCAGGUGGUGCAGACCGACUACCAGGAGCGCGUGCAGACGGUGCGCGUGCCGUCUCAGCCGCAGACGCUGGUGCGCACCCAGGCGGUGGUGGUGACGAGCACGCAGCGCCUGCCUGACACCUACACCACGCGCGUGGUGACCGUCAACAACCCGCGUCAGGUGCUCAACACGCGCUUUGUGCAGCGCGUGCAGACGCAGCAGGUGGUGGUGACUCAGACCGUGUCCGAGGCAAUGAAGUGA